UGAAAUAAUACAACCGACAAUUACUCUUAUCAAUCAAGUCUUCAUUUCAACUAAAACAAAUGAGCCUAACCAGUAGCUCGCCAAAAGAUUCGGAAGCAUGGGUGUGCAUGCGGGAUUAGUGACUGCACUUCACUAGCCACCAAUCGAGCUGGUUCAGUCCAUCACGGGGGCGAGCUAGUGACCGAUAGUCAUUCUCUUUCUGUAAACGGGGGAAAGGUACAAUUGAAAUAACCUUUUUGAUCUAGUCUGUCUCAAAACAGGGCGAACCAUCGUUUUGUUCAAGAUAUUCAAUCUUAGGUUACCCCACUUGUAUUCUUAUUUUAGUUUUCAUUCUGAUAAAGUUUUUUUAUUCUUUGAGAUGAGAUUUCGACUUUAAUCUACUGGACAUUCACACGAAGGCCUAUUUUUGAUACCUUUCCCUAAGACCUUUUGUAUAAACCAGCAUCUCAUCUGCAAUCUAACGGUGAUAUUUGCCCGAAUUGUGUUGUGCGGAAAAGAAAUGGAUAAACCUUUGAUUUCGAAAAACCUAUCAUUAAGUUUUACUUUGAUUACCUAUGCAUAAAAAAUAUUUUCUGGACCAGAGGAUGCAGGCUAAGAAAGAAUGGAAGAAAAAACGUUUGUAGCCUAAUAAACAGCAAGCCACACAGGACCCUGAGCUGAAGAGAUGAUAUACAGAUUCUGGAUAGUCCCCCUUCUGAUAAAGGAAGUCUUUGCACUUGCACAGAAAGCCAAAGACACUAAGAAUGUGGGCAAGAUUUCUCCGAAAUCCCAGCAGUGUGGCACCUGGAUCAAAAACAUUGAUGGCGGCCAGUUUAGUUCUCCAAACUACCCGAAAACCUACCCUCCCAAUAAGGAGUGCAUCUACAUAUUGGAAGCCCUGCCCCGUCAGAGAAUUGAACUUCUAUUUGACGACAACUUCUACAUUGAGCUCUCUUUUGAGUGUCGUUUUGACCACAUCGAGGUGAGAGAUGGUCCGUUCAGUUUCUCCCCUCUCAUCAACCGCUACUGUGGCUCCUCCAGCCCAGGCCUGGUUCUUUCCAGUGGACGAUUCAUCUGGAUUCGCUUCUCCAGUGAUGAGGAGCUGGAGGGACUGGGCUUUAGCGUCCAGUACACUUUUACUCCAGACCCAGAGUUUCACCUCCACGUGGGAGGAAUAUUAAAUCCUAUUUCAGACUGUCAGUUUGAGCUGGGUGGAGCUGAUGGUAUGAUCCGGUCCAGCCAGGUGGAGGAGGAGGAGAAAGUCAAACCUGACCAGGCGGUGGACUGCAUCUGGACUAUACGAGCUCCGCCCAACUUCAAGAUCUACCUCCGUUUCCUGGAGUAUCAGUUGGAGAAUUCCAAUGAGUGUAAGAAGAACUUUGUGGCCGUGUAUGACGGCAGCAGCGCCAUUGAGAACCUAAAGGCCAAGUUCUGCAGUACCGUUGCUACUGAUGUAAUGCUUGAAAACGAGGUGGGCGUGGUCAGGAUGUGGGCAGAUGAAGGCAGCAGACUGAGCCGCUUCCGAAUGCUUUUUACGUCCUUCGCUGAACCUCCAUGUAAAGGCGAUAUGUUCUUCUGUCACAGUAGCAUGUGCAUAAACAACUCUGUGGUGUGUAACGGUAUUCAGAACUGUGUCUUUCCCUGGGAUGAGAGUAACUGUAAAGAGAAGAAACCAAAAGGUAUAUUUCAUCACAUUUCUAAGACCCACGGGACAGUUAUAGGUGUGUCUACAGGCCUCGUCGUCCUUCUGCUCGUUAUCUCCAUACUUGUGCAAAUCAAACAGCCACGUAAGAAGGUGUUGGCGCGAAAGAGUGCCGUUUUCAAUCGAGCCGAUUUCCAGGAAGUGUUUCAGCCCCCACACUAUGAACACUUUUCACUCAAAGAGAAGGAUUCGUCUGCGGACCUAGACCUACCAGACGAACUCCCAUCUAUCCAUGCUCCAAGACGUUCCUCUGCCAAUUCCCGCUGCAUCCAUGAGCACCACUGUGGCUCCCAGGCCUCCCUCACCGCCAAGCCCUGCCGUCAAGCUUCCUCUCUGGGCAUGGGAUCUGUGGAGCUGCCCCCCUUCAGGGGGGAGUUCACUCGAAGUCAGCCAGGCCCCUUGCCCCCAUUGAGAUGCGUCAACAGCAACUUGAGGAAGAAAAGCUGGCCUAGUAUGAAACAGUCAGGAACGUUGGUGGGUGAUGACCUGGGGGCCUGGGAUAGGGGGAGGGAGGACAGGGUGACAGAAGAGGAGGCUGAGGAAGAUGGAGGGAGGCGUGAUGUGUAUGUACGCAGAGGGAUGAGCAUGAGAGACAUCUGUGAGAUGUCUCAGCACAGAUCAAUGUCAAUGGACUUCUGAGGUCGGACGAGGAGGAGAGGAAGGUCACAGAAACAAGCACGAGAUAGAGGAAGGAGGGAGUACAGUCAGUGUCCUAAUUUAAACACUCCAUCUCUGAAGCCUUCAAUGCAUCCUUCUGGACUGGAUUAAAGGCCUAAUCCGUAACUUCAGACAUGGGUAAAAUGUGUUGCCCUGAUGUUUUACGACUGAAGGGCCUUUUAUGAAAACCGCAAGUAGGACGACUGAAAAGGAAGAAGAACAGGAAUAUUCACGAGUGUUUUGUUUCAAGAUUAUUAUGUUAUUAUUCCAUGUUUUUGCCCCAGGGACAGACCAUUUAAAGAUAGGCAUGUAACUGCUGUUUGUGGAGAUAUAGGCUAUACUGUAUAUUGUAUAUCCAUCAUCUACUUGUAUCUGAACCUUUCCGCCAACGUAGUUUCUUCCGCACCUUUUUUCCCGUCAUUUGUUUGUUUUGUAUUCCUAGAUGCAAGGAGGAAGGGUGACAAUGAAUUGUUACUGUUAUCACAAAAUGUUGAUAAUGAUGAUGAUGAAGAUCAUUGUAUUGUUCUUUGGAUCAUUUAAGUUAAUUGUUUCAUGUAUUAAAGUAUGUAGGUCUUGAUUA